GUUUCAAGCCAUGGCGAAGUGAACACGUACCUCUGCUGCCUCAGUUACUGUUUCACUAGAAACCGCCUCGAAACUUGCUGCAUGCGCAUUCUUUCCCUGAAAUCUCCCCGAUCGAGCUUCUUUCAUUUUUGGGAUUCUAAGACAUGGGUUUAGGUGGUGCGGAGGAGACAUCGUCGUUUAUGUCCGGUUUCAUACAAAAGUGCGGUGGAUAUGUUGUCUUAGACGGCGGCUUUGCUACGGAGCUCGAACGACAUGGGGCUGACCUCAACGACCCUCUCUGGAGCGCCAAGUGCCUUAUUGAUUCUCCUCAUCUUGUCAGAAGGGUUCACCUAGAUUAUCUUGAUGCCGGUGCAAACAUCAUAUCGACAGCAUCUUAUCAGGCCACCAUUCAGGGAUUUGAGGCUAAAGGCUUCUCCAAGCAAGAAGCUGAAGCUUUGCUUAGAAAAAGUGUAGAAAUUGCAUGCGAGGCACGAGAAAUUUACUAUGACCGGUGCACAAAAGAUUCUUGGGAUUUCAUGGAAAGUGGAACGAAUUUGAAACGUCCAAUUUUAGUUGCAGCUUCUGUGGGAAGCUAUGGAGCUUAUUUAGCGGAUGGGUCUGAGUAUAGCGGGAACUACGGUGAUGCAGUUACUUUAGACACGUUGAAGGAGUUUCACAGAAGAAGGGUGCAGAUUCUAGCAAACUCGGGGGCUGAUCUAAUUGCGUUUGAAACAAUUCCAAAUAAGCUAGAAGCGGAGGCAUAUGCUGAGCUUCUUGAGGAAGAAGGCAUGGAAAUCCCGGCAUGGUUUUCUUUCAAUUCCAAGGAUGGAACUAAUGUUGUUAGCGGUGAUCCUAUUGCAGAGUGUACCUCCAUUGCAGAUUCAUGCAAGCAGGUUGUUUCCGUCGGAAUCAACUGUACCCCUCCCAGAUUUAUCCAUGGACUGAUUACAUCUAUGCGGAAGCUAACAAGUAAACCAGUGCUGAUAUAUCCCAACAGUGGAGAGACGUACGAUGGUCAAACCAAGCAAUGGGUGAAAUCAAGUGGGGAUGAUGUAGAUGAAGAUUUUGUGACGUAUAUAGGGAAGUGGAGGGAGGCUGGGGCUUCUCUUUUCGGAGGGUGCUGCAGGACUACUCCUAAAACCAUUAGAGGCAUAUCCAGGGCGCUCUUUGUCUCUGAUAAAAAUUAAUGAUCGAUGCAGUUUAAGUGCAAACGGGAACCAAUAUUCCCACUGAAAAAGUAGCGCAAAAUAUGAACAACAUCGAGCUUGGACAUCACACUUGUGUUGACCCUACAUUUUCAAGGCUGAGAUGUAUUGACAAUAAGCAGCUUGGAAGUUUUUUGUUUUUUGUUUAUCCAACUUGUUAUAUAAAGAGAUUGUGUAAAAAUAAAUUCAUAAAAUGACACGUCUUAUCUAAUAUAAGAGAAAUAAGACACUACAUAUU